AUGCUCAGUUUGAUGGGAGCACAGGACGCCGGAGGAGCGGCUCCUGGCCAUGGCCAUGGUAGCAGCAGCGGCCACGGCUAUGGCGGCAGCGAGAAGCGCGAGUUCAGGCUAGAGUCGACGGAGGAACCAGCAACCAAGAAGCUGCGGACCUCGUUUCAGGCGAGCAGUAGCAGCAGUCCGGCCACGGCAAGCUCGCAAGCCCGUAGGGACGCCUUGCGAGAAAAGGUGCGCACAACGCUGCUGCCGCAUAUUAUACGCGCUAUCCAGCCCUUGUCACACGAGUUUGAUCGCGAUGGCAUUGCAGUCGAAACGGCCUCGAUUAUGGCUAAGGACAUGCUGAUUCGUUCUGCUCUGACCCCGACUGGCGACACACUGUUGGCGCAGCGAGCUGUAGACUUGGUUCGCCAGCUCUGCUUAUCCCCUAAAUACCAGCGCGGGAAGAAAUCUCCUGUUGAUGUGCCAGUGGUUAUUAAAGAAGAGCAGCUGACGUUGCCUGUCAUGGAUGCUGUCCCGCAAGCUAUGGUCACCCCUACGACAUCCAAGAUGUCGAAAGGCUCUAUAGCCACUGCAGUUACCAGGGCCCCCGCUGUACCUACAACAAUUGUGCGCCAUGUACUUCCUGCCCUCACUGUUGCUGCGCCUGCACUCUUGCCGAAUCGGCUCAACCGAGCUUUGUGCAAGUCGUACAAGCCACGCAUCAAAAGGGAGACGUCGUCGCGGGCGACGCCCCAAUGGACAAGGUUACGGGCCCGGCCAUAUCUCUCCUCGUCGGACCGCGAGGCUAUCCGAAAAGGAAGCCGGCUGGCGUUUGCAAAGACCAAGUCCCUGCGCAAUGGACCGGCCAUCUACCAUGUGGAUUUCUCGGCCGCCGAGAUUGCAAAAAUCGUGGACGAACUCAAACCCUUUUUCCCGGGUGCCAUUCCCCGCACGUCCGCUGCGCUGCAACAGCUGUGUGUAGAAUAUCCGAUACCGUCGUACCUGAACGGAAAGCUGCCUGGCCGUGCCGAGCACGAUAUCCGGAACUUUUGCUCCGAUUUAUUGGCUGAAAAGGCUGCCGACGCCGGGAGCGCAAAGAUCUUGUCUCUGUAUAAACAGACGCCGCAGCGCGUAGAGCAUCAGCGGGAAGUAACGGUAUCAUCCCUCCUCUUUGCCCGAGAGCUCGAGGGCCAUGCUGGUAUGGGCCGAACGAGGCGCUACGUGAACUUUCAGUCGACGUUCAAGCAAACACGCGAGGAUGCCAUGAGCUUGGCUGCCGAGUUCACCAACUGCGCUGGAGACAUUUCAACCAUGACUUGGGUCCCACACCAGAACAUUCUCUGCGGCACGACAGCGCACUCGGACGCGCACAACCAGCAGUACAACAAGCCGGGCAAUCUGCUACUCUGCUCGAUAUCAAAGGGUGUUUUGCGUGCUUUUCCCGACCAUAGAAUUCCGCGACCGCUUGUUGCCAAAGGCGAAAAUUCGUCGCUCGCGAUGCGGCGAAGCCAAGAUCCGUGGAUCUACUCGUCGGUGGUGUCGUCAGACUAUGAUAAGAUACAUGGUCUUGCGUAUACCUCGAGUUUUGACAAGACGAUCAAGGCAUGGAAGGUGGACGAGGAUGGUGGCUCUAUGGAAGCCCGUGCGACAUUUAAACAGAAUGGCAAUGUCAAUUUUGUCGCAGUGGCCAACGAUGGCUCGGGGCGCGUCGCCGUAGCUUCUGACACGACAACCGAAGCCGUCCGCAUUUACACCAUGGAUCCCGACAACAUUGCCGAGAGCCCUUACUAUACCAUAUCUUGCCCCCGCUCUGAUGCUGAUGACUCGGAUAAAUGGGCGUACUGUCCAGCAACGGUUCAAUGGGGCCGGGCGCGCGGCACGCGACACCUCCUCGUCGUCGGCUACUCGCCCCGCAGCUUCAGCGGCGACGAGCAGGACAUUCCCGAAGACAAGCUGCAGACUGGUGGGAUCAUGCUGUGGGAUGCGCAAGAGCGCCGCCAGGUGCCCGUCAUGACGGCAACGACGGCCAACGUCUUUGAAGUGGCAUGGCAUCCCACCGUCUGCGGCUUCGUGGUCGGCACGUCGCCGGUCGGCCUCCACGUCGACCACGGCGUGCGCACCCAGCUGCACGUCUUUGGGCAGGACUGGGCGCAACAUCCCGACGGCGCGUACGCCGAGCUGCAGAAGCUCGACUGCUUCGCGUCGGACAUCAACGAGCUCACCAUUAUGCCCAACUCGAUGCAGAGCUCCUACAUCACCGCCGCCUGCACCGACGGCAAGGUGUACGUGUGGGACAUGGCGCAGGGCGACAAGCCCAUCCACGUCCUCGAGCACGGCAGCCCGCUCGAGGAGGUGCGGCCCGAGGACAGGGAGCGCGAGGACACGGGCGUCAAGUUCACCGCCUGGGGCAGCGACCUCACCAGGCUGUACACGGGCGCCAGCGACGGCGUCGUCAAGGUGUGGAACAUUCGCAACAGGCACAAGCCGUUUGUGCGCGACCUGCUGUGCGCCCCCGGCCCCAUCUCCUGCGGCAGCUUCUCGCCCGACUACAGCAAGCUCGCCAUUGGCGACGCCACCGGCCGCCUCUUUCUCUUCUCCGUCACCAAGGACGAGAAGCUCGAGGAGCAGUUCACCAUGGUCCUGCCCGGCACGGACCGGUGCAUCCAGCGACCGAAGCCCUUUACGCCGCACCCAGAGCCGCCCCCGCCACCACCCGCGCACGCCGACCCUGACGCAAUGCAGCUCGACGACCCGCAAGACGCGGAAUCGGACGUGGACGCCGCGACGCUUGCGCGCCGCGCGUACCUCGACACGCAGCAGCUGACGAUCCACAGCAACCCCGUCAUCGGCGCCGUGCAGGGGCCGCAGUACGCCGCUUCGGGGCUCUUCCUGCGCGACGCCCACCUCGACGACGACCCGGCCGCGCCGCUCGUCACAGGGUACGAGCGCCUACAGCUGGAGAGCCGUCACAGCGUGCUCGGCGGCGCGGGGAGCAGCAGCGCCCGGCGGCGGCGCUCCCUGCGCCGGCUCGUGCCCGCGCCCGCGACGCCCGACGAGGCCUCGGAGCGGCGGCACCGCGACAACGUCGCGCAGGAGUUUGACGCGGCGGCGCUCGAGGACGCCGACAUGCAGGCGCUGGUGCGCGCGGGGGCUCUGCUCGACCUAGGUGACGAGGGCGAGGACUGGGGCUUCACGUACGAGGACGGACCGACGACGGAGGAUGAUUCGGAUGCGUACGAUACGGAAACAGAGUCCUGA